AUGUGCACUGGAAAGUGCUCCCGCUUCGUGGGGCUCUCCCUCAUCCCCCUGUCCCUGACCUGCAUCGUGGCCAACAUCCUCUUGCUAGUGCCUCAGGGCAAGACCACCUGGACCGACACCAGACACCUCAGCUUGCAAGUCUGGCUCAUGGCUGGCUUCCUGGGCGGGGGCCUGAUGGUGCUGUGUCCGGGCAUCGCAGCGGUUCGGGCAGGGGGCAAAGGCUGUUGCGGUGCGGGCUGCUGUGGAAAUCGUUGCAGGAUGCUGCGCUCCAUCUUCUCCUCGGUCUUCGGGGUGUUGGGGGCCAUCUACUGCCUCUUGGUGUCGGGAGCCGGGCUCCGAAUUGGACCCAAAUGCUUAAUGGACGGCCAGUGGGACUACCACUUCAGAGACACCAAAGGCUCUUACUUGCAGAACCGUACUCUGUGGGAUUUGUGCGUGGAGCCGCCUGGCGUGGUCUCCUGGAAUGUGACGCUCUUCUCGCUGCUGGUGGCCGCCUCGUGCCUGGAGAUCGUGCUGUGCGGGGUGCAGCUGGUGAACGCCACCCUCGGUGUCUUCUGCGGCGAUUGCAGGAAGAAGGAGGUGGGGCGGCGAGGGCUGGAGCUGGAGCGAGAGGGCACCCCUCGCUGA